GUCUAUGUAUAGUGUAAGCGAAUGUGUUGGCUGCCAUUUUCUACUAUAGAAUUUUCUUGAGGAAAAUAAAGUUUUACAUUCAAUAAAAGUAAAAUGCCAGAAAUGAUCAAAUCGCCCGCUGACAUCAAAACUGCACCUUUCGACCCUCGGUUUCCUAACCAGAACCAGACAAGGUAAUGUAGCUCUAUGUUUUUCAUUUAUCACCCCUGGAGUCAGCAUUGGAACUGCCGUGUGCCUGCUUGCUGUAAAACUAUAAACAAAAUGAUUAUAAUAUUUUUCCAUACUGAUCUACAAAAAUUGUCAAAUGUAUGCCAUCGUAGAUCCCCAUCAGCAUAAUUCAUGUAGAAUAAUUAGCACAAAUGACACAAAAAUUUCUAAAUCUUAUUUGCAUAUCUAAUUGAUACCGCAAAUGUAAAAAAAUAACAUGCUACCAUUAUUUACUUCAUUCCUAAUUACCGGAAUAACUCAUGUUUAUGCAUCUACUCAUUUUUGUAUCUGUAUGAGGUACCUACUAUGUUGGUAUAUAAUAUUUCUUGUAUUUUUAUUGUAUUCUGGUCUGGUUGGGUAUUCAUGAAUACCAACUAUGCCAGAAUACAUUAAGAAUACUAUUGUAUUCUUGUCUGGUUGGGAUGCACACACCUUGCAUAUAAUAUUAUAUAAGUUGUAUUAGUAAUUAUCAUUCACUCCCCUGAGCUGACAUGGUUCCAGUUACCAUAUUACGUACUACACUUCAAAGUGGCGCCGCACUGGUGGCGAUAAAAGUAGUCAUUGUAUUAAGUCCUCAUAUCACUUAAUCAUAAACUGGAAGGCUGAUCUAAAAUUGAUCAUACAUUAUUUUCUAUAAUGCAUGCAGUCACUUGGUUAUUUUUAUAGAACAUCAACUGGGGUGAGAUAAUAGUUGUGUGACCUAGUAACCUGUCUCCAUAAAAUAUUUAAUUUUGUAAAAAUAAGUUUAAAAAUUACAAGAGGGAUAAACAGCACUAAAAAUUGUUAUUUUUCCUGAAUCAGUCUUUUUUUAUUAUUUUUUAGAAAAUCAACUCCCUUCCUACAGCUUCGAAAAAGUUACUAAAUACAGUUGAUAUCCUGUUGAAAGUGUGAAUUCCGCCCUCACGCAUUGGGGCAGCGCAGCCGACUUCCCUGCCGUACGUUCUUAAAUGGAAUAAUGUCUGCACCCACCGAUUCGACAUAUUUAGGUUCUAUAGUUUGCAUGCUAUUACAUAAGAGGGCGGCACUGGCGACACAAAAUUUCGGGAAUCAAGGAAGUGACACAACAUUACUAUUUAAAAAUGUAUUUAUUGCUUUUCGAAGUAUUCUCCGCGAAAUUUGACACAUUUUUCCAUACGAUGGAACCAAUCAUUGAAGCAACCAUUCCAUUCGGAAGUUGGGGUCUCCAAAAUGGCCGUUUUGUAGGCGUCCACAGCUUCUUCAGGUGAUGAAAAUCUCUGUCCACGCAAUUUAUUCUUUAUUUUAGGGAAAGUAUAGAAAUCAUUAGGGCUUAGGUCGGGGCUGUACGGCGGAUGGCCUAAUAAUUCUAUGUUUUCUUGCUCUAAAAACUCUUUUGUUCUGUGUGCGGUGUGAGAACUCGUAUUGUCGUGAUGGAGGAUGAUGCGGCGGUUGCAGUUCUCUUUACGGAGUUCAGAAACGACCUGUGGUAAACAAAUGCUAGCAUACCAUUCUGCAUUAACCGUUCUUUGUCCCUCAAAAGGAAUAGUCGUAACAUGGCCGGUUUUGGAGACAAACGUGGCCACCAUUUUUUUUUGCAACACUGUGAACGAACAAUUUUUGUUGGCUUUAACUCAUUUUCGAACACCCAAACUCGUGACUGGUUUUUUGUUUCGGGUUCGUACGCGUAUAUCCAGGAUUCGUCACCUGAUACGAUGUUGUAUACAGCAUUUGAGGAUCCUGCGUGGAAUCUUUCGAGAGUUCUGACGCACCAAGUAACGCGAGCCGCUUUUUGCUCUUCACAGAGCGAAUGCGGUAUUCAUCGGGAAAACAACUUUUUUACACCUAAUUGUUCAUGCAAGAUUAUUUGUAUUUGACUCAUGCCAAUGUCUAAAGUUGCCUGAAUUUCGCGGUAUGUCACAUGUCGAUCUUCCUCAAUCAGCUUACGCACAGCAUCAACGUUUUCUUGGGUGACUGCAGUUUUUGGACGACCUUGACGGGGAUCAUCACUGAGCCUGACACGUCCACGUUGAAAUUCAGCAAAUCAGCGAUAAUUUGUGGUUUUGGACGGGGCUUCAUCACCAAAUGCAGAAAUCAUCCGGUCAACACACUGUUUUUGUGUUAAACCACUUCGAAGUCAUAAUAAAUCAUCGCUCUUGAAUUUUCUCGAGUCAAUUCCAUUUCCUCAACGACUAAACAAGUUUGACAAAACCUUGUGACAAGACCGAGAAUCUUUUUUUUAAAUAAAUAAAUGGUAUUCGAUUUUUAAAACCAAGGAGUUUUCAAUUAAAAAGAUUUUAAUAUGACAGGAACAGUGGAAAUAUUCCAUUCCCGAUAAUUUUAGUGCAACCUAUCUUUUAUACGAUGUUACGAGUAUUAUAUCAACUUUAUUAUUAGACUGUACUUAUUCUACAUUUUUUGUUGUAAUAAUUUUGAUAAAAUUUAUAUUGUGAAUACAGGCAUUGCUACCAAAGUUAUUUGGACUUCCACCGAUGCCAGAAAGUGCGUGGAGAGAACUACGAGCCCUGUAAUUACUUCAAACGCGUCUACAGGUCGCUUUGCCCCAAUGAAUGGGUCGACAAGUGGGACAACCAGCGCGCCGAGGGAACCUUCCCUGGCAGGAUCUAAUUCUGUUUGCGGACAUUAUUUUAGUAGCUGUUAUUUAUAAUUUAAUUGCCACAUAGAUCGCGCAGUGUGAUAGAUAUAUAAAUGUAUUAAAGAUUUAAAACGCUUUUUAUUUACCUAUUUUGUUCCAAAUAUAAAAAGCAUGUGUGCCGUUCACUCGCGGUUGAAAUAAAACCUUCAGAAAACUAACCCUACAGAGAAUAAGACGAAUGCAGAGUAUCAGGUGUAGGAUAAGUGUAGUUUUUAUUUAUUACAAUAUUGUUACAAAGUUUAAAAUUAAAUAAAUAUUAUUCAAUAGUUGAAGGCUACGAAGCACCGCACAAAGAAGACGUAUUGUCCACGCAAUCUAUCUUGGCCGGGCUGAAUGUGUUACUAGUAUAUAUACAGUAAUCUAUGACGUUGCCUCAGAACUUCUUACUAAGUGAACCGAUUUUGAUAUUUUUACUUUUUAAUUUGAAAGCUGGUCUUUUACUGGCUGUCUUCUCAUGUGGUCCCAUAUAAAUUUGAUCAAGAUCUGACUUGAGAUAUCCUUGUUUAAUUGACUUCUCAUUUUAUUUAUAUUAAAGUCGAUUGUACGACAUUUUUAAUUUUACCACUCGUUUAUAUUGAAGUCGGUUGUAUAAAAUUUUUAAUUUACUACCUACUUGAAUGUCGCUUUUCCGUUUCCAAGUUCCAAAUCACAACGAUUUUAAAUAACUUUUCACUCUAAAAACAUUCGCGAGUCUACUUAGCAGUUACAUGUCUUAAAACAAUAAUGAAGUUUGUGAAUACGUGCGUGGAAUCUUCUUUAUCGGCCUCUAGAAGUCUACUUGGGCCUCUUCUUUGGAAGAGAUUUUGACAAUUGCUACGCUUUGCAGGCGAAUAGGCGACCCUUGACCGGACGUCUCGCACCUUUGAUGCUACUUUUUUUUUUAUUACGGUGACAAACGAGCACAUAGUCCAACUGAUGGUAAGUGGUUGCUGUGACCCAUAGACAUCUACAUCUAUCCUCAAUAAAUAAUCAAAAUGCAGAUGCGUUGUCACCCGUGAGGACUAAGAUGGAAUGCCUCUUUUCCCAGUAAAAAGGGUCUCCAGUUCUCUACACUCACUAUACGAAACAGCAGUGUUAAGCUGCUAUUUAACGCUGGUAUUAUGUGAGAGCGUGAUCCUUCCCCGGUCUAGCCGACCCAUUCGCGCUACAACUAUACUACUAAUAUAGCUGCAGCAUGGCUCUACCGCGUAGAAAAUUUCUCGUUUCCGGUCUGGAUAUUUCACAUGUAGGAUAUAUUGACGGUUCCGUGGCUUAGCAAUGAGUUGCAGCGCUGAGAGCCGCGGUACGUAUAAGGCUGUCAUCACCUAAAUUGCCAAUCCUAUACUGUAAUCGGAUAAAAACAGCCUAUAAGUUGUCCCGGGUCACUAACUACCUACAUAUAAAAUUUAAUGGAAAUCGAUCCAGUAGUUAAUAAGUAAUAAGCGUAAAUCGGUAAUUCACCGACAGAUAAAAAUUCUUAAAACCACUAAACUAAUUUGGCUUCAGUACCCUUUAUUUAGUCACCUGGACUUGUUUUGCCAAGAGUAUAUUAGAUAAUUUAGACACGACUUUUCUACAGAUUUAUUUUUUUUUUUACAUCUACCUUAUAAUAAGGGAUAUAAAGUUAAUAGUAAAUAAACAAACGGAUAAAAUAUACUUAUAUAUACAAAAUAUAAACGGAUAUAAUAUACUUAUGUAUAUAAACGGAUAUAAUAUAUAUAUAUAUACAAAAUCUCU